AUGACGGUGCCGCAAAAAUACAGGACACGGUCUUUGACUGGCCUUCUAGAACGGAGCUCUCGCUUUUCAAAGCUGGAGAAAGCCGAUAUCUUAGAGAUGACCGUCCAGUUCCUUCAAGAGCUCCCAGCAUCUUCUCCCACCGCCCCAGACUCGGUUGACAGUUACUGCAAAGGCUACCACGCCUGCCUGUCCCGCUUGGCUGCCCUCUUGCCGAAGUACAGCUUCCUGAAUCCAGACGCCUGCCGUAGCCUCUUAAGGCACCUCCAGCGGUCUAGGGAGGGAUACAGCCCCCCUCAGGACGGUGCCAGCCCCCAGGACUUCUCCCAAGGCCGGCCCUUGAUGCCGAUGCCCCUGCUCCCGUCCAGAGCGGCCCAGGAGGCCUGUUUUCCCCGUCCACCAGUGGCACAACCUUCAACGCUCUGGAGGCCCUGGCAGAGCCGGCCAGCACCUUGA